AUGUCUACUGCAAAGAAGAUUGGCGUGUUGAUCAUCAUUAUGGCAGGAUACCUACAAAUUGAGCCUUUUGCCGGUGUCGCCGCCUCUAGCAUGUACUGUGGGCGAUACUUGGUGAGCCUUUUUGUUGCAUAUUAUAAAAAGCUCUCAGAGGCAUUACCCAACAGCGUCUUUCUCCCACGCGACGCUACGGCUUUCAGUCAGUCGAUGAGUUCUUACUGGGCUAAACAAGAGUGCGAAGUAACUCCAGCAUGUGUAGUUCGCCCUUGCAAUGAUCAGGAACUCUCUACUGCUAUCAAAAUACUCAAACACGCCUACCAUGAGCACACUAAAGCAUCUGCUUCUGGAGAACCAGACGGUGAACAUCUAUUUGCUAUUCGAAGUGGUGGCCACUCUUGUGUUGCUAACGCUGCAACUGUCAAGGGAGGUGUCCUGAUUGACCUAAAGUCCUUCAAUGAAGUCACACCUUUGGAUGACCAUGAUGAAUCAUGUGUAGUUAUUGGAGCUGGCUGCAGAUGGAUGGAUGUUUCAAAGGUUCUGGAUGAAAUAGGCCUUGCUGUUGUAGGAGGCAGAAACUCUGCCGUAGGUGUUGGAGGAUUGACUCUGGGAGGUGGUCUUUCAUUCUUCUGCCCACAGUUCGGGUUAGUGUGCUCCAACGUCAUUAGCUACGAUAUUCUUCUUGCCUCGGGAUCAAUUAUUACAGCUUCCGCUACGAACAAUAGCGAUCUUUGGCGUGCCCUAAAAGGCGGCUCAAACAAUUUCGGCAUUGUUACGCGGUUCAAAGUCCGUAGCUUUCCCUCCGCUAAAAUAUGGAGCGGAUUUCUCUACAUGCAUAGUUCACAAGCUGCCAAAGUAAUUGCCGCAUUUAACGAAGUUGUCGGUCGAAUAGACUCCGAUGAGCAUGCUGCUGGCCCUAUAGCCUGUUUUACUUAUGUUCAACCCCUGGGCUUGCAAGCUAUUUCGGUAAAUCUCGUCCACACAAAGCCGCCCGAAAAGAAAUGGCCAGCCUGCUGGGAUAAAUCUUCUUUCAAAUCGCUCUUUCGCCUUUGGAGCACUUGUAAAAUUCGCACUUUGACAAGCGCCACUGAUGAAAUGAAUGCUCUUAACCCCCCUGGUAGGCGUCAAAUCCUCGCUAGUACCACUAUCAAGAACGACGUCACAACUUUAGUCUCCAUCCAUGCCGUGUACCAAAAUGCUAUUGAUUCACUCCGGUCCGUUAAAGGUCUGUCAUGGACUCUCGUGUUACAGCCUCUUCUACCAGUUUGGUUACAUAAAGGCGACACGAAUCCGCUGGGUUUACACGAUGUCAAUGAACCUCUCGUCCUUGUCAGCUUUACUGUGAAUUGGCAGAGAGACGAGGAUGAUAAGAAACUUCAUGCUGCUACCCGUCGCUCGAUUGAAGAAAUUGAGAGAAUUGCAUUAGAAAAUGGAACCAGCCAUCAGUGGCGAUAUCUAAACUACUGUGCCAGCUGGCAGAAACCUUUUGAAAGUUAUGGCGAGGAGAAUUUACGGUUUCUGCGGGAGGUUAGUAGGAUCUAUGAUCCUGAAGGCUUAUUUCAGAAGGGGUGUGUUGGUGGAUUCAAGCUUGACAUGUGA